GCCUUGUUUUACAAGCCCUGAUUUCAUUGGGAAGGAUGCUAGUUGAUCCCCAGCCUGUAGUACCAGAGAUACACAUGAGCCCCAGAGGGAAGGACCCCAGUUGAAGUGAUCGUGCUUUUGAGUUCCCAGGUCCCGGCUUUACUAGAAGGUGAAGGUGGUAGACGAUGUCUCCCAGGAAAAUGUCUCCAGCCCGGGAGAAGGUUCCUGUCCUGAGACCUUUAAUCAGAGUUCCAGGACAGCGCUUGAGGUGAAGGGGCAGCCCCUGAACUGCUUGCUGGUGGCAGAACAAGUGGCGGUCAUCCUGUCUGGCCAGAGAGGAUUGGAUGGGUGACGCCGUGGUCUUGGACUCAAUGCUUGGGGAGAGAGCUGGAGGCCCUGCCCUUCACCAAAACAGCGGCAUGGAGGACGAGGAGGGAGUGACUUUUGGGUUCCUCACAGCCAGGUUUCAGGAAUCCGUGAUGUUUGAGGACGUGGCCGUGGACUUCACCCGGGAGGAGUGGAGCCACCUGGAUCCUGCCCAGAGGGCCCUGUACAGGGAGGUGAUGUUGGAGAACUAUGAGAACCUGGUCUCCUUGGGGCUUCCUGUUUCCAAACUGGAUGUGAUCUCCCUGUUGGAGAGAGGAGAAGCCCCAUGGAGGCCUGAGGGAGGAGGACCAAGAUGCUCCUGUCCAGAUCCCUUUAUUGAGGAGAGCAGGGUUACAAGCAAAGGCUCCCUUCUGAUACAGGCUGUUUGCAUGGAAGAAUCAUCCAAGAAAAUAUUGCCAAAGGAUCCCAUCCGGCGUUCAAAGAUUCAAGAAACUGGAGAAGAUGAUAUUAAUUUAGAGAAACCGAAGGGUAGCCAAGAGAGACAGUCCAGACAAGUGGCAAUCCCUCCUAGAACAACUUUUAAUAAAGGGAGUGUGCCUCAGGGAAAUACACUAGGGAGAAGUUUUAGUCUGGGGUCAGUCUUGGGUGCAUUGUGGAAGGGAGGUGUGGAGAAACGUUUCCACAAAUAUAAGACACUUGGAAAGAGCUUCAGGGAUUUUUCAGAACUGAAUGUGUGUAAUAGAUCCUCCUUAGAGAAAAACUUGGGUAAGUGUAGCUUGUGCAGAAAGCCCUUCAGUUACCGCUCAGACUUAAUUAAAUUUCAUAGAAUUCAUACUAGAGAAAGGCUACAUGAACACAACGAAUGUGGAAAAGCCUUCGGCAGAAGACAAAAUAUCACUGGACAUCAGAGAAGUGACGCUGGAGAAAAGCAUUGCGAGUAUAAUCAAUAUGGAAAAGGCUUUAGUCACAAGGAACUCUUGACUAAACAUAAGAGAUUUCAUACUGGAGUGAAACCCUUUGAAUGUAGUGAAUGUGGAAAGUCCUUCAGGGAAAGUAAAGUACUCAAAAGCCAUCAGAGAAUUCAUACUGGAGAGAAACCUUUUGAAUGUAAUGAGUGUGGGAAAGGCUUUAGCCAGAGGGCCAACCUUGUUAGGCAUCAGAGAACUCAUACUGGAGUGAAACCCUUUGGAUGUAAUGAAUGUGGGAAGGCCUUUAGCCAGAGGGGACAGCUCAUUUAUCAUCAGAGAAUUCAUACUGGAGAAAAACCCUUUGAGUGUAGUGAGUGUGGGAAAUGCUUCAGCCGGAGGGCAAUCCUUGUUACUCAUCAGAGAACUCAUACUGGAGAGAAACCCUUUGCAUGUAAUGAAUGUGGGAAAGCCUUCAGUGAAAGUAAAGUACUCAAAAGCCAUCAGAGAAUUCACACUGGAGAAAAACCCUUUGAAUGUAAUGAGUGUGGGAAAGCCUUUAGCCAGAGGGGGCUGCUUAUUUAUCACCAGAGAAUCCAUACUGGAGUGAAACCCUUUGAAUGUAAUGAAUGUGGAAAAGCCUUCAUUGAGAGUCAAGUAUUGAAAAGCCAUCAGAGAAUCCAUACUGGAGAGAAACCUUUUGAAUGCAAUGAAUGUGGUAAAGGCUUCAGCCAGAGGGGGCAUCUUAUUAGACAUCAGAGAACUCAUACUGGAGUGAAACCCUUUGAAUGUAAUGAAUGCCAGAAAGCUUUCAGUCAGAGAGGAAACCUCAUUUAUCAUCAGAGAAUUCAUACUGGAGAGAAGCCUUUUGAAUGUAGUGAAUGUGGGAAAGGCUUCAGACAGAGGGCAGUCCUUAUCACCCAUCAGAGAACUCACACAGGAGUGAAACCCUUUGAAUGUAAUGAAUGUGGGAAAGGCUUCAGCCAGAGAGGACACCUCAUUAGACAUCAGAGAACCCAUACUGGAGUGAAACCCUUUAAAUGUAAUGAAUGUGGCAAAGGCUUUAGCCAGAGUGGACACCUUAUUAAACAUCAGAAAAUCCAUACUGGAUCAAAACAUUUUGAAUGUAAUAAAUUCCUUCAUCAAGAACAGGCUAUCGCAAAGUAGCUGCCCAUUGAUUGGGGAAUGGCUAAAUACAUUGUGUUAUAUAGAUAAUGAAAUACUGCUGUGAUAUAAGAAAUGGCAAAGAAUUCAAAGGAACAUGAGACAACAUGAAUUGUUGCAGAAUAAAGUAAGGAGAACCAGAAAUACAGUAUAGACAAUGAGUACAACAAUAUAAACAGAACAAGAAAAUUAAAUGCAGUGUAAUUUUAAUGACCCAGCUUGACCCCAGGGAAUGGGAAAUGCACUUGUCUCCCUUUUUUUUUUUUUUUGCAGAAAUGGGAAGAUUGGGGAUAGAUAACCUUGUGUUUACUGUCAGAUUUGCUGGAUUGUGUUGGUUGGUUUUGCUUUCUAUCCUUCCCAUCUUCAUUAUUACAAGAGAUGGCUCCCUGGGUAGAAAGGGGUGAAGGUCAUAUGAAAACAUAUCAAAAUUAUUUUUAAAAAAUUAUUUUAAAAGAACAUGUUACGCUAGACUAAACUCAUUUCCUUUGUUGAUCGAUGAGGUUACUAAACUAGUCUAUAUCUUGUUGUUUACAUGCUGUUUCCACCCCCCCCCUUAGCCUGUGAGCUUCUCGAGGGCAGGGACCGUACUUUUUUUUAAACUUUCUUUGUA